GUCUGUGGACUGUGGGGGACGGGAUUACCUUAUUGGUUUGUGCAAGUCUUUUUGUUUCAUUAACUAUUACUAUUCUAAAUACGUCCUGGUAUGGGAUUAUUUGGACUACAAAAUCAAAUCAGAUUCUAGAACAAGAUCUGAUAAGCGCUAGUCAACAAAUAGGAAUUCAUUUAUCAACCGAUUUUUUCCUUCCAUUUGAACUCAUUUCAAUAAUUCUUUUAGUUGCUUUAAUAGGUGCAAUUGGCGUGGCUCGUCAAUAAUAAUUCAUUUGAUUUUUUAAAAUAGCAAUCAAAAAAAAUGAUAUUUUAUCAUAUUCAUUUUCAUUCUAGUCAAUCAAAUUGGUUUAAUUCAAUUUAUUAUUCUAUUAUCAUAUCAUUUUUUUGUUCUUCAUUUUUUUUUGUAUUAUAACUUAUUAUAUUCUAGUUAAUCAAAUGGGUUUAAUUGUUGUUCAUAUUCAAAUGAAUAGAGAUUGAUAAGGAGUUGGUCAAUGAUACUCGAACAUGUACUUGUUUUGAGUUCUUUUUUAUUUUCGAUCGGCAUUUAUGGAUUAGUCACGAGUCGAAAUUUGGUUCGGGCUCUGAUGUGUCUUGAACUUAUAUUGAAUGCAGUUAAUCUAAAUUUUGUAACAUUUUCUGAUUUUUUUGAUAGUCGCCAAUUAAAAGGAAAUAUUUUCUCAAUUUUUGUUAUAGCUAUUGCAGCCGCUGAAGCAGCUAUUGGCCCGGCUAUUGUUUCUUCAAUUUAUCGUAACAGAAAAUCAAUUCGUAUCAAUCAAUCGAAUUUAUUGAAUAAAUAGUUUAUAGUAUUUAUUUUUUCAUUUUUUUAGUCUAAAAUUUUAUUCUAGAAAUUGAAAUUUGAAUAAUCAUUAAUUCAAAUUAAAUUCCUAGAUAUCACACUUUAAGAUAUACUUUCACAAAUGUAAGAAAUCAAAGUAUUUUGGACCUCUUUUACAUUUAUCUAUUUUAUAUUUAGUUUCUAAUAUUCUAAUAAGUCGCCGAUCCAAUCCAGAAUUAGAUCGAACUUCUGGGAAAUCAUCGAUUCGUCUGGUAAUUUAUUCAUCUGGUAUUUUAAUAUGUAUUUCAUUUACUUUACUAGAACUAGAACUAGAUCGAAAAUUAAUGAAGUUAAAAAAAUUAUAGAUCCAAUGUCACAUUCAGUUAAGAUUUAUGAUACAUGUAUAGGAUGUACUCAAUGUGUCCGAGCUUGCCCCACAGAUGUAUUAGAAAUGAUACCUUGGGAUGGAUGUAAGGCUAAACAAAUAGCUUCUGCUCCAAGAACAGAGGAUUGUGUUGGUUGUAAGAGAUGUGAAUCUGCUUGUCCAACAGAUUUUUUAAGCGUUCGAGUUUAUUUAUGGCAUGAAACAACUCGCAGUAUGGUACGGGUUUUUUUGGCCCAAGUGUAUCUUGUCUUUACUACGAAUUAUUUUCCCUGGUUAACAACAAUUGUAGUUUUACCCAUAUUUGCAGGUUCUUUAAUUUUCUUAUUUCCUCAUAGAGGAAAUAAGGUUAUCCGCUGGUAUACUAUAUGUAUAUCCAUUUUAGAGCUCCUUCUAACAACUUAUGCGUUUUGUUAUCAUUUCCAACCGGACGAUCCAUUAAUCCAACUGUCAGAAGAUUAUAAAUGGAUCCAAUUUUUUGAUUUCCAUUGGAGAUUAGGAAUUGACGGACUUUCGAUAGGACCCAUUUUACUGACGGGAUUCAUCACCACUUUAGCUACUCUAGCGGCUUGGCCGGUUACUCGAGAUUCUCGAUUAUUCCAUUUCCUAAUGUUAGCAAUGUAUAGUGGUCAAAUAGGAUCAUUUUCGUCCCGAGACCUUUUACUUUUUUUCCUAAUGUGGGAAUUAGAAUUAAUUCCUGUUUAUCUACUUUUAUCCAUGUGGGGAGGAAAAAAACGUCUCUACUCUGCUACGAAAUUUAUUUUGUAUACUGCAGGGGGUUCCAUUUUUCUAUUAUUGGGAGUUCUGGGUAUUGGUUUAUAUGGUUCCAAUGAACCGACAUUAAAUUUGGAAACAUUAAUUAAUCAAUCGUAUCCUGUAGCAUUAGAAAUAAUAUUCUAUAUUGGAUUUUUUAUUGCUUUUGCUGUCAAAUUGCCCAUUAUACCUUUACAUACAUGGUUACCAGAUACCCACGGAGAAGCACAUUACAGUACUUGUAUGCUUCUAGCUGGAAUCUUAUUAAAAAUGGGAGCAUAUGGAUUGAUUCGGAUCAAUAUGGAAUUAUUACCUCACGCUCAUUCUAUAUUUUCUCCUUGGUUGAUAAUAAUAGGCACAAUACAAAUAAUCUAUGCAGCUUUAACAUCUCCCGGGCAACGUAAUUUAAAAAAAAGAAUAGCCUAUUCCUCUGUAUCUCACAUGGGUUUCAUAAUUAUAGGAAUUAGUUCUAUAACUGAUACGGGGCUUAAUGGGGCCAUUUUACAAAUAAUUUCUCAUGGAUUUAUUGGUGCUGCACUUUUUUUCUUAGCGGGAACGAGUUACGAUAGAAUACGUCUUGUUUAUCUCGACGAAAUGGGCGGAAUAGCGAUUCUAAUGCCAAAAAUAUUCACACUCUUUAGUAGCUUUUCAAUGGCAUCCCUUGCACUACCGGGAAUGAGUGGUUUCAUUGCAGAAUUAAUAGUAUUUUUUGGAAUAAUUACCAGCCAAAAAUAUCUAUUAAUACCUAAAAUACUAAUUAUUUUUGGAAUGGCAAUUGGAAUGGUAUUAACUCCUAUUUAUUUAUUAUCUAUGUUACGUCAAAUGUUCUAUGGAUAUAAAUUAUUUAACAGUACAAACUCUUACUUUUUUGAUGUUGGGCCGCGAGAGUUGUUUGUUUCGACUUCUAUCUUUCUGCCAGUACUAGGUAUUGGAGUUUACCCAGAUUUCGUUCUCUCACUAUCAGUUGAGAAAGUGGAAGCUAUUGUAUCGAAUUUUUUUUAUAGAUAGAUUUCUUUUCAUUUGAUUA